AAGUGCAGCAGAGCUGAAGAAACCUCUGACUGAAGAUGCACCGCUCUCCUUGGCAGCAGCCUUCCCUUUUCCCCAGACGUCCUCUUGGCACAGUCCAGAGAAAGUUCAGGUAAACUAGGCCUCCAGUCCUGUGACGUAUGUGAACUGCCGUCUUCACUUCUGUUAAAAAGGACACGAAAUUGAAAAGUGAGAAGAAAGCUGAUGUGAAACUUGCAGCUCGCUGGUUUGAGGCUCGCUGCCCAGUCCAGAAGUCGCAGUGUUCCCACAGUGCCACCGUGCCGCUCGUCCUCUGGUUUUCCUCCAGUAAUCCAGCCUGCGUGAUGUCAGACUGCAGCUCUUCCUGCUCGACGCCACAGAUGGACACGACAACCAAGCAGCUGUUUGAGGCGUGGGGGUGUUCAGAGGAUGAAGACAGGAGGACGACGAGGAGAGAGAAGAACAGAGUUGCUGCUCAGAAAAGCCGAAAGAGACAAACCCAGAGAGCCGACUUGCUGCAUGAGGCCUGUGAGCUGCUGGAGCAGAAGAACAGGAAACUAAGGAAAGAGCAGGUAAAAGCUCGAGCUGAUUCCAGGUGUGGCAUCGAAUCUGUUGCUGUCCACCUACAACAUGCAGUCAAAGGAGCUCAAGGAAUGUGAAACAAACCAUCUUCAGUCUGGAGAACAGAAGAUAUCCAUCAGAGAGACAGAGAUGUUAGAAGUGACCUAAACAGUUUGGUUUCUGAGAAAACGAGGAAUUCAGAAAGUCUGGAAGAGAACGGAUGUUUGCUGGAUCGUUUCCAUAGUGAUGAAAAACCCCUUUACAACAUCCGCCUAAGAGAAGAACCCUCUCCAAGAAGCAGGUGUCUCCGUAUCUAAAUCUAAGUGCAGAGGGUUCACCACAAGCUGCAAACCAGCAAUCAGCCUCAAGAAUAGAAAGUCCAGAUUCGACUUAACCAGGAAGCAUCUACUGUUCUGUACUGAAAACUGUUCUACUGUCCAUAUAGUUCCGGGUCUGACUCUAGAAAAGACUUUUGCAGAGUUUAUAAGAUAAUGUUUCAUUAAGAGACUAUUUUUAAAGCAGAAUUUAAAUGAAUUUGAAGUUGAAAAAAACUUUAUAGCAGGUAUUGAACAUGUUGCUAAACCAGUAAAACAU